CCGGCGCGUCGGCCUCGCUUGGCGCGCGCCCCGGUGCACUUCGCCCUUCGCCCAGGAGCAGCCGCCGCCCACGUGGCCGCCGCCGCCGCCGCAGGGGCCGGCUGCGCUCCGCGCCACUCUGCGCAGCCCGAGGACUCGCGCCAGCCGCCGCCGCCGCCGCCCCGCGCCGCCAUGCUCCGCCGCGUGGCGCACGCCGCAGCGCUCUGCGGCCGCGCGCUGCUGCUCGCCGUCGAGAUGAUAUGGGACGGAGAUUUAUUAAAGCUCUUUCCUGGACAGUUUUACGUGUACAGGCGCUCAAAAUACGAUGAACCACAAUCCCAUGUCGCAUUGACAAUCAGGAACCGACGGGAUUCGAACCAACAAAAACCAAGAUUCCGACGUGAUGAUUCCACUGAAGGACUAUCAUCUCCCUUCUUCAACAUCAAAUGCAGUUCAUCCCUCGGUUCCAUGUUCCUCAUUUCAGGCACAUGACUCAUGUGAAGAAAAAGAAAGCUUUCAGAGCCACAUAAGAUACCUUUUUAGUUCCUUUCUUUUUGAGCUCAUGUUUUUUUACAUUAGGGUAUUACGAUAUGUAUGUCAGUGUGUCUGGAGAUAAAAGAAAAUAAACGCUGUAAAAA